GUCGCCACUCGACGCCUGCAUCGAACACAAGGCGGCUUGUGCGCAGCCGCGAACGCCGCAUUUUUCGAGAGAGUGCUGCAUCCGUUCCUCAAUCGAAAACUGGUUUCGAGCGCGGAUCAUGAUCUCGGUGAAAUCGAUUGUGCCGGACGAUAAACUAUCGGGGUCCGUUGCGCAUCGUUCCACUGCUGUUCGUAAACAUUGACAGGGAAAUCCAUUGAAAAAACCCAAAGACGCUUCCGCGAGCAACAAUCGAUUCCUAGAAGAAAAUCAGGCUCCAAAGCCUGAGAAAGGAUAGCGUGAUUAAAACUGAACACCGUGUAAAACGGUGACUCCGGAAGCUCGGCGAAAAGCGUCCGUCGAUCACUCCGAUACCAUCGAUCCCAGGAUCGACGCGAGAGAAAAAGUAUCGGCGAGGACUGGCGCGGUGUACACGGGGGCGGGAACGCAAGAGGUCUUCGAACGUGGCGCGCAUGCCGAGAGAAAAAAAAAGAGCUCGUGAAAGUGUCCUGCCGCGAGAGAAUCAUCGGAGACGCGUCUAUCGAAGUCGAUGGAACAGGUGCGAAGCACGUUUCCGGAACCGAAACCGAGCAUCCCGCUGAGAGGCUGGCGAACCGUCGAGGGUGAAAUGAGACGACGAAUGGGACGGGGUUCGGUGUGACCGAGGAAACGGCAACGAGAACAGGUCGCAGGAUUUUUCCGCCUACACGUGACAACCGGGACAAAAGGCCCUCCUACGGGCGAGCGUUUUCCGAGGACAGUUCUCGACUUUUACUUCGCGAAGUAAAACUGCCCGUUGUGGUGUUGUGAACAGUGUACACGGGUUUUCCUUACUUGCUAUUUUGAAGUUUCACGUGACCGAAGUGUUUACCGUUUUUGUUUUCUCUUCUGCCUUUCGCGUGCACAGCUGAUCGGUGUGUGCCGUCGAGAAUCGUUCAGAAACUCGAGUAUUUGUCAACUACGGCGAGAGGCGAUCCAUCUUAGGACAAGUACGGAGAGAGGACGCACGCUGAAUAGACGUUGUUUUAUCAGAUAACAUCGAGGGACCCCGGUGUGCGACACGAAUUCGAAUGGACAUACCUAACAAGAGGAAUCUACCGUCCAAACGAGCGCUUACUGAAUGGCCCACCCUGUAUAUGCUGAGGACUACAUGUGAACAGAGUGCAGAACAUUAGGGGUUUCUGACGUUUCCGAUGCGUCGAGCCUCGAGAGGAAGGUGACGAGCAGGUUUCAGACGAGAAUCUUCGCGAUAACUCGAACGAAUCCCGCAAGAAACCGCAUUCAAUAAAAAGAAAAUGGUCACGAUAAGCCAGAGACGAAGGCAUCCUCGGUGGGGAAUGCUCUUCAUCGUCAUCUUCUCCGUUCUCGUCAGGCACUGCGAACUAACUCCUGCAAAAAGAUUAACCGACUCGAGUUCGUCCUCCUCGUCGUCCACGUUAUCGAGAAGCUCAUCCGAAUCGAGGUCGCAGAACCUAGGUUCGCCUAGCGACUUGGCCUGGCAGGCUUGGCUCCUGUUGGACUCCCAGACAGGAGUCCACUCCAGCUUGGACUCGGCCAGCUUUCUUCGACGAAUAACCCCGAAGAGCGUGUUCAUCGCUCCAGCGUUACCAGCGUUACCCCCAUGCGCGGAGGGUUACCGUGCAGACACCAUGGGCAGGUGCGUGAAAAGCGUGAACAUCGACCAGGAAGCUCACUUCGGUUUUCUUCUUCAACGACUCAACAACAGAUACGGCAAUCGAGGCACUUCCGAUUCUGGCUCCAACAACAACCAGAAGAAAUCCAACGGGCCUCUGCAACUCAACAUCCCUCUGUUCCCCGACGCGUUCCCUCAGUCGUCGAAACUCGACCACGAAGAGACCAGGGACUCCGUGAAGAUCCCAAUUGUGGUGCCCCAUCGCGAGGAAGUUAGCUCGGCCGAGAAGAAAGAGUCUUCGUCGCUUGUUAGCCCUCAUCGAACUAAGAAUGGUACCAGGUUGGACCAAGACGACGCCAUGUAUUUCCCUGGGAGCUCCAGUUCCUCUCCAUCGAGCAAAGACGACGAGAAAACUUCCUCGAAACACGACGACGUGAUCCAGGUAGCGGAGUUCGUCGACAACGUGAACGAGACUAGCUUCUCCGAGGUGGUCGACUAUAAAAUCCCUCUUGAUCUGAAGAAACACUUGAACAUAUCUGGCUUGAGGAUCAUCAACGUCAGCGAUGAUCAGGACGUUUGGAAGAACGGAUCACUGUUUAAUUCGACGGAAGCUACGCCCAUGUUGAUCCUCCUCCCGUCGACGGCGACGACGCUCAGAGAGGAGGAUCUGGCCUUGGACAACGGUACGAACCAUCACGCGAGCGUUGGGGUCCACAUCGUGACCAGGAACGUCACCGAUAAAGAGCCUAUCGGUGCGGAUGUUCCGGAAUCUGUAUCCCCUAACAAAGUGCUCGACGUACCACUGACCGUGGUAGGAAGAAUCGAGGCCAACGAAACGCGGGAUGGUAACUCGUCCGAUAUUUGGAACGCGGGUGGUAGAGAUUCGCAGGAGACAGAGUCCUUCUACGACGACGAUGAAGCGAUCGAAGACUACAUCGACAGCACGGACUCGCCUGACGAGGACUCGGCAGAGGCGGAAGGUGGCGAGAUUUUAAAACACGGAGAGGCUGGCAUGGCCAUCAACGUGAAGGACAUUAAACGACUGCACAUGGACAAGCAACGACAACAAACUGAACGUCUGAACACGUCGAAGAAAAACGAAACCUCGAGGUUCGACUUGUUCGACGACGUUGCGAUACGUUUCAACGAUACCACGCCAGCAGACAAAGAAGGAAACGACGAGGCUGGUAGCAACGUAUCCAGCGAAGUCACCAUCAACGACGACAUCAUCCUGGAAACCACUCUUCUGGAUGUCACCACGGACAAAACGAAGAACGGUUCGAAAGUACCCGACGUUAAUCGCACGAGCAACAUCGAUGACAGCGACGAGUACUUGAGAGAACUGUUCGAAUCGAGCAAAGAGUCCCAUUCGGAGCCCCAAGUGGCGUACUCCUCUCAGAACGUUCACGGGACCGUGUCUACCAACGGAAGAACGCGAACCGACCAGGAGAAGACCGAUCAACGACAUGUGGAAGAUCUCAAGAGCGACGAGCUGGAAGCAGCUCCCUCGUCCUCCGAGUCCCUUCUGUACGAUCCUGGCUUCCGGGACCAGUACUCCGAAGACGACCCUAUCACGGAGAUUCACAUGAUCGACGAGCCUUCUACCGACGGCAAGGAGUUUAUGAAAAAAGCCAAAGUCUCCUUCAAGACUUUCGAAACGGAGACGUUGAAUUUCAGAGCUGCUCCGAGUAACAGACACUCCUCUGGCUAUCCUAAGCAACCGAUAAAGUUCCCAUCGGAGGACGUGAACAGUAUACACAAUCAAGACUACAAGGAGAGAGUUCCCUAUCCCCUGGACGAUGGACUACAUUCCAGCACGAAGAGCAGCGUCUUCCCUCAUCAGAAACCCUUCCACCGAGGAGCGUCGCUCUGGAGAACGUCGCCUCGACAACAGGCGCCAGGUCAGCAGCUGGAGACGACAGGAAGCAACCAGAGACAGAGACAAGCGCCGAGUUCCAUGUCGUUUUGGACGACGAUGCCACUGAUGAGGGAUCCGAGUCUUUACUCCACCAACGAGGAUUCGCGCAGCAAAACGACCAACGGUCAACCGUACACCAACAAUAGAUUCCCCGAGGUCUCGCCAUCCUGAAGGACCGAUCUACGCCACGCAUUUAAUCGCCGCAUGAUCCAAACGAGACUGCUCGCAUUGAAAUCAGGGACACCCAUCGGUGGAUAAUGGAGUUUCGCCGUGGUUUUCUUGGUGUUUUUCACGCCAUGUUGCUCUCAGUGGGAACGUCUACAGACUGUGGAACUGUGCCAAAUAAAUUAAGAGUCGUGAACUCUUGCCGACUAGCAAUCUGCGUGCCACCCGAUUCGUUCGACGAGAACUGACGGACGGGUCGAUUGAUCGCAUAGUACACGCGUACUUGCAAUUGAAGUAACGAACACGCGGGAAGAAAUCGUGCGGACGCAUACCGUGGCGCAUCCGUUGCGUAAUCUCGUUACAGAACCUUUACUCGAGUAACGUUUUGAAGAAUUUACAAGCGAUCGUACACCGAUGGAGAGGAAACGAAUACCAGAUCCAAGGAUGAGAUUGGGAAUCAACUCCUCGAUUCGUGAGGAUCGUCCAAUUCACGAUAGCGAGAAUGCAAAAGCAUCGUUGCAUUCUUCGAACGCAUACCUAACGUCACCAGCGACCGCAAGUCUUACGCUCUUCCACCGAACGUUCGUUCAGGCCUAAUCUUCGCUGCUUCCGAUUCGAUUCGACUAAAGUCGCGUACCGAUAAAAGCGAUUUGUAUAUGUAUAUAUCAAUGUUUUGAAAGUAAUGCUCAGACCAGUCAGGAUCGAUCGUCUCCGAUAUUAUUAAGCUACACGGCCAUCAUCGAAAUCCUAUUCUUUUACCUUUUACAUGUGCAAAAACUUGGAACAUGUAACCCUUUGGAUUUUAUAUGAAAUAAAAUUCUUUACUCUAAACUAUCCCAUACAAAUAAGAAAAGAAAUUAUGUAUCUGUCGUCGUGGCCAGUAAUUUUUAUUGCUCUACGUACGCUUCGAUGUGGUGUGUAAUCUCUCUUUCUCAUACAUUGAAUGUUAAUUUAUGUACAUAUUAAUUUUAUUAAGAAGAUUUGUAUAUACAGCGUAAUUAAGAAGCAUCACCAGCAUCUUAAUGUGUAUUAAUUGUAACUGUUUUAAAUACUAUUGUAUUAUUUAUAGCUAAAUAUAUCGAUGUAUAUUAUA